CUGGUAUAAUUUAUUCGCACUACCUCCCAGACCAAGAUAACCUGCUCAGUCAGCUGGAGCCCCCUGUGGACAGCUGUCUCUCUUUUAGCUGAUGGAAAACUGCCACUAGCCAGUGAAUGGGGAGUGCGAGGUACAGCAUCUUCAAUACAUGCAGAAGCAGCACAAGCAGGAGCCCUGGGCUCUAUUGUUCCUGGGUGUCAAAUGGUUUUUCCUUCUCGACUGGCAUGCACAAUAGCUGGAAAGAGGCUUCUCUUGCCUGUUACCUAAAAAGAAAAACAGGGGAGAAAAGCACAAUUUGAAGUGGGCUCUUCAUUGUGUUCUCACGGUGUUAAACAUAUAUCUGCCUUUCGCAAGGCAUGGGGCUGGCAGAGAGACACACAGGAUUUUCUGUUGUUCCUGUUCGGUGUAUUGGAGUGAUUGUGGUUGUUCUUGCUGGGAUCUGGAGAGCUGAUUCGCAGGGUGAACCAGAAAGCCAAACCAUAUACAUAUGGAAGACUGGUCUUUGGGGCCGAUGUAUGGGAGAUGAAUGUGGACCUGGAGGAAUUCAGACUAGGGCAGUUUGGUGUGCCCAUGUUGAGGGAUGGUCAACUCUCACUACAAAUUGUAAGCAGACUGACAGACCAGAAAACCAACAGAACUGUUUUAGAGUUUGCGACUGGCACAAGGAGCUCUAUGACUGGCAGCUGGGCAGUUGGAAUCAAUGCAGCCCCAUCUUAUCCAAAACAUCUGAGAAACAUACUGAAUGUACUAAAGGUGAGGAAGGGAUUCAGACCAGAGAAGUUACAUGCCUCCAAAAGGCAACUGGAGCUGUAGCUGAUGAUAGCAUAUGUGAAUACUUUGAGUCCAAACCCCGUCUGGAGCAAGGAUGUCUAAUUCCUUGUCCUCAGGACUGUAUUGUGUCAGAAUUCUCUCCAUGGUCGGAAUGUUCCAAAUCGUGUGGCAGUGGACUGCAGCACAGAACACGCCAUGUAGUUGCCAUGGCUCAGUUUGGAGGAUCAGCUUGUCCAAAUCUGACAGAAUUCCAGAUGUGCCAGUCUGCCCCCUGUGAAGGUGAAGAAAGCGUAUACAGCCUAAAUGUUGGACCAUGGAGCUCAUGUUCCAUACCUCUUUCAAGGCACAUAAGACAAGCUGGGAAGAGAGGAAGGAACAGGGAACGAGCUAAAGAGAAAAUAAAGGCAGUAAAGGAUCCGGAGGCCCGAGAGCUCAUAAAAAAGAAGAGAACUCGCAAUAGGAAAAACAGACAAGACAGCAGAUACUGGGAUAUACAGAUCGGUUAUCAAACAAGAAUAGUGACCUGCAUGCACAGGAACGGAAAGACUGCAGCACUCAGUUUUUGCCAACAGGAGAAGCUGCCGAUUACUUUCCAGGCUUGUGUUAUUGAUAAAGAUUGUCAAGUUUCAGAGUGGUCAGAGUGGAGCUCAUGUUCUAAGGCAUGUGAUGCAGUUUCUUCUAGUGGACAUCAUACUAGAAAAAGAACUAUCAAACUGUUUCCAAUAGGUAAUGGGAAAGAAUGUCCACAAUUAGAAGAAACGGAACAGUGUACUCUACCACCAGACGUUCCACACGAUUGUGUUAAGUAUGCCUGGAGAGCUACAGAAUGGACAGAAUGUCGCAUAGACCCCUUGCUUAGUCAACAAGAUAAAAGGAGAGGUAACCAGACAGCCCUGUGCGGGGGAGGAAUUCAGACGCGUGAGAUUUACUGUGUGCAAGCCAAUGAAAAUCUUCUUUCUUAUCUCAGCACAGUAAAGGAUAAAGAAGACAAUCAUGCUCAGAGUCCAUCGAAGUCUAGUGCAGCACCAUUUUUGUCAAUCACUUUUGAAAUAACAGCUUCAAAACCUGUGGAUUCAAAACUAUGCACAGACUCCCCAUUAAGUACCAGCCAGUUGUGUCAUGUCCCAUGUCCCAUAGAGUGUGAAGUGUCUGCCUGGUCAGCUUGGGGACCAUGCACAUUUGAAAGUUGUGAUGAUCAACAGAGCAAAAAGGGUUUCAAGCUUAGAAAGCGGCAUAUUAUGAAUGAGCCAACAGGAGGUACUGGUAACUGUCCUCAUCUAGUGGAGGCCAUACCAUGUGAAGAGCCUUCUUGCUAUGAUUGGCGGCUGGAUAGACUAGAAGAAUGCAUUCCUGAUAAUGGAAACAACUGUGGAACAGGCACCCAGGUGCCCGUAGUUACAUGCAUUAAUAGUGAUGGAGAAGAAGUUGACAGACAGCUAUGCAGAGAUGCCAUCUAUCCAAUUCCUAUUGUUUGUGAGGUUCCGUGCCCGAAGGAUUGUGUUCUCAGUACGUGGUCUGAAUGGUCCUCCUGCUCACACACCUGUUCAGGAAAGACAACAGAAGGACGACAAACUCGAGCACGCUCUAUCCUUGCUUAUACUGGUGACGGAGGAGUCCCCUGCCCAGAGAGUAAUACACUGCAAGAGAUAAGAAGCUGCAAUGAGCAUCCUUGUACAGUGUAUCACUGGCAGACAGGCCCUUGGGGCCAGUGCACAGAGGAUGUCACAGUGUCAGGUUUUAACUCUACAAGCUGGAACGGUGAAUCCACUUGUGCUCUUGGAAUGCAGACAAGAAAAGUCAUAUGUGUUCGUGUCAACGUGGGACAGGUUGGACCUAAAAAAUGUCCCGAAAGUCUACGACCAGAAACAAUGAGACCAUGUUUGCUUCCAUGUCGAAAAGAUUGCAUUGUGACUCCAUAUAGUGACUGGACGCACUGCCCGACCUCCUGCCAAGAAGGUGAGGCUGCCAUUAAAAAACAGACUCGACAUCGGGUUAUUAUUCAGCUUCCUUCAUAUGGUGGCCGGGACUGUCCUGACACAUUGUAUGAAGAGAAUGAUUGUGAAGCCCCAGCUAUCUGUCACACUUACAGGUGGAAGACACAUAAAUGGAGAAGAUGCCAAAUGGUACCGUGGUAUGUCCGCCAGGACAGUCCUGGAGCUUAUGAGACUUGUGGCCCAGGACUACAAGCCAGAGCAAUUACAUGUCGCAGGCAAGAUGGAGUUCAAGCAGAUGUGACAGAUUGCCUCAAACAUGCUGGUCCAUUUCCAGCUUUAACCCAACACUGUCAGAUACCAUGCCAGGAUGAUUGUCAAUUUACCAGCUGGUCGAAAUUCUCACCAUGUAAUGGGGAUUGUGGAGCAGUCAGGACAAGAAAGCGCUCACUUCUUGGGAAGAGUAAGAAAAAGGACAAGUGCAAAAACUCCCAGCUGUAUCCAUUGAUUGAGACACAGUUCUGUCCAUGUGACAAAUACAGUGCUCAGCCUGUGGGUAAUUGGUCGGAUUGCAUUUUGCCAGAAGGAAAAGUGGAGGUGUUAUUGGGAAUGAAGGUUCAAGGAGACAUCAAGGAAUGUGGUCAAGGAUAUCGCUACCAGGCCAUGGCAUGUUAUGAUCAAAACAACAGACUUGUAGAGACCUCAAGAUGCAAUAGUCAUGGUUAUAUAGAGGAAGCAUGUAUUAUUCCAUGCCCAUCUGACUGUAAAUUAAGCGAGUGGUCCAAUUGGUCCCGAUGUAGUAAAUCCUGUGGGAGCGGUGUCAAAGUUCGUUCCAAAUGGCUCCGGGAGAAGCCUUAUAAUGGUGGAAGACCAUGCCCAAAACUGGAUCAUGUAAAUCAGGCUCAGGUGUAUGAAGUAGUUCCAUGUCACAGUGAUUGCAAUCAGUACAUCUGGGUCUCAGAGCCAUGGAGUAUAUGCAAAGUAACAAAUGUUGAUCUGAAACAGAACUGUGGAGAAGGUGUUCAGACCAGAAAAGUAAGAUGCAUGCAGAACACAGUAGAUGGCCCUGCAGACGUGGUUGAAGACUACCUCUGCGAACCAGAAGAAAUGCCUCUUGGGUCAAGAAACUGCAAACUGCCUUGCCCCGAAGAUUGCGUAAUGUCUGAAUGGAGUCAAUGGAACAAGUGCUCUUUGCCUUGUGAUGGAACCACCUAUCGGGAGAGAUCAGCAACACCUAUUCGACAGUCUGAUGACGGCAAAGCCUGCCAUAUUGCCAUUGAAACUGAGCCGUGUAAUUUAAAUAAGAAUUGCUACCACUACGAGUACAAUGUAACAGAUUGGAGUACUUGUCAGUUGAGUGAGAAGGCUGUGUGCGGAAAUGGCAUCAAAACAAGAAUGCUUGACUGUGUUCGAAGUGACGCUAAAUCUGUUGACCUAAAGUACUGUGAAGAGCUUGGUUUGGAGAAGACAUGGCAGAUGAAUACCUCUUGUGUGGUGGAAUGUCCUGUGAACUGUCAGCUCUCUGAUUGGUCCCAGUGGUCUGAGUGUUCCAAAGAAUGUGGUCUUACAGGAAAAAUGAUACGUAAAAGAACCGUGAUACAGCCUGCACAGGGAGAUGGGAGGCCGUGCCUCUCACAAGUGGAACAAUCCAAGCCAUGCCCAGUGAAGCCUUGCUAUAGAUGGCAAUAUGGACGUUGGUCUGUCUGCAAAGUCGAGGAUGCUCAAUGUGGAGAGGGGACACGAUUCAGAAACAUUUCCUGUGUAGUUUAUGAUGGAUCCAAGGAAGAUCCUGGUAAAAUUGUCGAUGAAGAGUUUUGUGCAGAUCUUGAACUCGUUGUAAAUGGUGAAAACAACAUUAUCCUUGAGGAAUCUUGCACUGUUCCUUGUCCAGGAGACUGUUACUUGAACGAGUGGUCUGAAUGGAGUUUGUGCCAGAUGACAUGUGUUAAUGGGGAAGAUCUAGGCUUUGGAGGAGUAAAAGUACGAUCACGUGCAGUGAUAAUUCAAGAAAUGGAAAAUCAACAUCUCUGCCCAGAACAAACUUUAGAAACUAAGUCAUGUAAUGAUGGGCAGUGUUUUGAGUACAAAUGGUUGUCUAGUCCAUGGAAAGGAUCAUUCCGAUCUGUUUGGUGUCAAAGGUCUGAUGGUUUAAAUGUGACAGGAGGAUGCUUAGAGGUUUACCAGCCAGAGAGUGAGAGGACAUGCACUCCUCCCUGUACUCAGCCUCACUCAUACUGUACGGAGACUGGCUUCUGCGGCUGUGAAGAUGGCUACACUGAAGUGACAUCAUCAGACGGCACACUAGAUCAGUGCACUUUAAUUCCCGUGGUUGUUAUUCCCACCAUAGAAGAUAAAAAGGGUGACGUGAAAACAAGUAGAGCUGUUAACCCCACCCAGCCCUCCAGCAGUCAGUCAGGGUACGGUGGAAGGACAUGGAUCUUAGAACCUUUUGGAUCAGAUGGGAGAUUGAAAACCUGGGUUUAUGGGGUUGCAGCAGGUGCUUUUGUCUUACUCCUGUUUAUUGUGUCCAUGAUCUAUCUGGCCUGCAAAAAGCCAAAGAAGCCGCCAAGAAGACAAAACAACCGCCUGAAACCUUUAACCUUGGCAUACGAUGGAGAUGCAGACAUGUAAACUACAUUUAGUAAUAUUCCUGGAAAAAAUAUACCGUCCAAAAUGACAACUGACUUAACGGAAGACUUGUAAUCUGAGAAAUGCAUUAUAAAAAAAGAAAAAGACAAGGCGAACCAUAGUACAUCAAUGGAUUAUUGAAAGAAUAACUGUAAAUUGCGAAUUUCAUGGUAGUUUAACUGUACUUUGGUUCUUCCAGAAUCCUACAAAGAACAUGCAGGUGGAAAACCCAUGUCUAUGUAAACACACAAUUCGAAUAACCCAGAUAAAGGUUUGGUAGGUCAGCUGGACCCAACAGGUCCACAUGAGUUGAUACCACACUCUGAUUUGACUCUCGUACCAUUUUUCUUUAAUUAACAAUGUGUUUUUUUGUCAAAUGAGAGUUGUAUAUAACAACGCACAGAUAACUGAUCUUCAAAGACAUUCAUCGACUGGACAGCCUGUCUCUGAACUUGAAGCUCACAUAUGGAACCGCAAGACUCACUGUAUAUACGUUUGUGCCACAACUACAGCAUACAUGAACAUUUUCCUGAAAUGCAGUAUUUUCUAGCAGCUGCUCUCUGAUAAAUAUUACUCACUUGUAAAUGUUACAAUGUUUCUACUUUCUCUAUCUCUCGUAACUUUGCCUACAUCUUUUUUUUGCGACGUGUAAGGCAAGAUUUUGCACUAUAUUAGUGCAGCAUGAUAUGCACUUAACUAGGAUUGCCAUAGAAAAUGCCUCUUUUCAGAAGGGAUGCUGUGUCUUGUGUAGAAGGGUCAUGUAGACAUAUGAGCAAAAAAGUUUAAAAUAGGAAUGAGAGUAGAGUUUUGGGACUGAGAAAAAUCAACAAUUUCAUGUGUACAUAUAUUUCAUUACUUUUGUCAAAAUAGCUGUUUUCUAGUUAGAUGAAUGGAUGUAAUGUGCUUCUCAAAAAAACAAAAA